ACUUCUUUUCUAGCCAUGCGUCGCUUCUCGUCAACCUACUCCGUCGAUUAUGUUCCCCCGAAACGUGAAAACAUGCCGCUAGCUUGUCGGUAUUGCCAAUGUCCCAGCCCAUCCGCAUCGAGACGAUCUUCCUGUGCAAGCACUGUUUCUUCCCGUGUGCGGGCGAUUCAACAGAUCAAUUUUCAAGUCGCGUGUCAGUUGUGUGGAACAAAAAAUUCCCCAACCUGCAUGGAGAAGAGUUGUCUCAAAAAACCUCUCGGAGAUCCGUGCUGCAUGCUGCGCAGAAUUCGUGAAGCUCAUUCCCGCUCCCAGGAUCUGAACAAUUACCAACAGUCACUAAUCUGUCAUUGUCGACCCAAACUUUGCCCGAUAUGCAACCCAACAGUGUGCCAAUGUUGUCGUCACUGCGAAUCCCAGAUUGAACAGGUGAAACGUCACGUCAAUGUGUGCGGCGGCUCGCGACGAAACUCAAGCAGGCUACGCUUCGAUACGCGAGGUAGCAACGAUCGAAACGUUUCGUAGGAAGGUGAAAAUUUUUCAGAUCAUUCAAAUCAACGGGCAGCCGAAAUGUACACUAAAAAAAUAAACGAAAGGAACGAUCUUUGUAAUUCGACCUACAUGAAGUCGUACAACAUUCCGAAACCUUGUUGUAAGUGCAUCGUGAGGGUAACGAAACCGAUCACUCCGCUGCAUCGGCGUCGCUACCAGCAGCAGAUGGAGACCACCUUUUCGACUGUGCACAUGGUAUUUGUGAACAGGACCUGUCCCAAACCUCAGUUGGAAUGUCCGCCCACGGAAUAUGGAGAAGGUGUUUGCACGGCCGGUGGAGCUAUCAUCGACAACUGCCAGGUACCCUGCUGCACUCCUUGGUGCACAUAUUGCUGUUGAUCGUUUGCCGAAGGUGGAAAAUUUGACGUAACGAAUUGGAAGCAUGAUGUGAAUAUAUAUAUUUUUCGUUUUACUUGGA